AUGACUCUUAUCAGGACAAAAGUAAAUUUGAAAGCUUUAAAGAAAAAAGCACAGAGCACAUUACAAACUGAGGUUAAACACUGCAAUUCGUGGAAAGAGUUAUUUAAGAAUAAACUCAGUUCUAAGGAUGAUGAGUUAAACGAUUGCUUUACAAAGAAUCAACAAAUAUCCGGAUCAUCAAUUCCUUCCACAAGUCUUCCCACCUCAUGCUUAAACCUGACUUCCGGUAUUCAAGAGAUUCAACUUCCAAAUGGAAAUCCAUAUUAUGUGCUAUGCGAUUCGGAUGGUUGGAUGAUUAUUCAGCGGCGCAUCGAUGGAAGUCAAGACUUUAAUAAGACCUGGCAGGAAUAUGUGGAUGGAAUUGGAGACAUUCAUGGGGAGUUUUUUAUGGGAUUGGAAAAUCUGCACCUAAUUACCAAUGCAACACGUCAACAGUUGAAUAUUUCGAUUAAAACUGAUUAUUCCAGAACAAGAGUUGCGGAAUAUGAUGACUUUAGGAUUGGAAAUUCAGAAUCUCUAUAUGAAUUGGAAUCAAUCGGAAAUUUCACGGGAGAUGAGUAUAUUAUAAAUGCCUUACAACAUCAUAUAAAAAGGCCAUUUUCAACAUAUGAUAGAAAGUCUCCUGAUUUGGAAACUGAAAUGGGAGGCUGGUGGUACUCGGAUGUAGACGAUUAUUGCUAUCUAAAUGCGCCCCACACUGAUGCUGGUUACAGUGAGGUCUACUGGAGAUAUGUUGUAGUGAAUGCUGUAACAAUGGCAAUUCGCCCCUACCUUACCGAACAUUAAAGAGCCUCUGCUUAUUAUCCUAU